AUGAAAAGAAAGAAUGAACCAAAAAUGAUGGCGAAGUUAUCUUUGAUGGAAUUAACAGAUUCGGAAGCAAUACAGAUCAGAGAAUAUGAUCAACGUCGUUUGAAACGAGUGAUUGUUUUUGUGGUUGUGGUGAUGACUGUGGUAUCAAUUGUAUUGGUUGCAUUAUCGCUGGCUUUAGGACCACAAUUGGAUCAGUUAGGUAAUCUUGACGUGGCGAUUUUAAAACCUCCUUGA